AAAUUUUUGGGCCGACCAACGACAGGCCCUAAUCUGAUCCCCGCCGCCGUUGCACUCCGGCCUCCGUCUCCUCACCACGGAUCGCGGUCGCGCCGCCGUCCGCCGGCCUUGCUACUUCGGCACCCAGGCGAAGGCGCUCAAAUCAAUCGAACAUGCCCAGGCUCUCAACGCCACAGAAUCAAAUGAAGACUGGCUUGCUCAGGCCCUCUGUUCGCUCACUCAAUCUCCUCCUCCUCUUCCUCCAUAGGGCACGCAAGCCAAGCCUUGCUCUCCAUCUUUUCUCUCAAAUAACCUCCAACUCCAUCCUCGUCCAUCCCUAUGCUCACUCCCUUGUCACCCGUACACUCCUCCAAUCCGGCCGCUUCCAGGAAGCCAAGCGCUUCAUUUUCCGUGCUGAGUCGGACUUCGGUUUCACUCCCAAGAGCUCCCUCUUCGAGUCCCUUAUCCAUGGCCUUUGCGUCGCCGAACAAAAUCCAGAUGAAGCCCUAGCGAUCCUGCAGGAAUGCAUUCAGCAUCAUAAUUUUUGUCCCUCUGUCGGAAUCUAUCGUGCGGUCGUUUCGGCUUUCGGUUCUCAAGGUAGAUUUGAUAGAGCAGUACAGAUCUUGGAGGCCAUAGGCGAUGAGAAAAAUCUAUUUUUGACUGAUAAUUUCAUAUGCAGUUCCAUCAUCUCUGGAUUUUCAAGGAAUGGGGUGCCUGCACUUGGUCUGGAGUUUUAUGAAAGGGCCAAAGUUGCUGGCUUGGAUCCUAAUCUUGUCACCUUUACUACGGUGGUUGAUGCUUUAUGCAGAGAAGGGAGAAUUGAUGAGGCUUGCAAUCUGGUUCGGAAGAUGGAAGACAAUGGAAUGGUGCUUGAUGUCGUUUUAUAUACCUGCUUGAUUGAUGGGUAUAUGAAGAGAGGUGAGAUCAUGGAAGGACUUCGGAAACAUAAAUUCAUGAUGGAAACAGGAAUAAAUCCAGACGCAGUUAGUUAUACUAGCAUCAUUGACGGUCUAUGUAAGGAGGGGAGUGUAGAGAAAGUGAUUGGUUUUCUGACUGAAAUGGAGAAUCACGAUAUACAACCCAAUUUAGUGACUUACACAACUAUAAUUCGUGGUUUCUGCUUGAGGAAUAAGUUGGAAGAAGCACUUUGCUUACUGAGGAAGGCUGAAGAACUUAGUUUUGUCGCAGAUGAAUUCCUUUAUUCUAUCAUGAUUGAUGGCUUUUGUAGGAGGGGGGACUUAGAUGGUGCUUUCAAUAUGCUCGAGAAAAUGGAGAAAAAAGAGAUAAAGGUUGGGUCUGUGACCUAUAACACGGUCAUCAAUUCCCUGUGUAAAAUUGGUCAGAUAAACAAGGCAAAUGAGAUCUCAAAUGGGUUCGUCAACGAUAAUUUUACGUAUUCUAUACUGUUACAUGGGUACCUCAAGGAAACAAAUGUAGGAGGUAUCCUGGAGGUAAAAAGGAAAUUAGAUGAGUCUGGCGUUAUUUGUGACAUUGUUACUUGCAAUGUACUCAUCAAGUCUUUUUUCAUGGUAGGUAUGGUAGAAGAUGCUUGCAAGCUGUUUAAUGAAUUGCCUUCGAUGGGUUUGGUUCCAAAUUCAAUUACUUAUUCUACUGUGAUUGAUGGUUACUUCAAAGAAGGUUUGGUUGAAAAGGCACUUAUGUUGUUCAAUGAGUACCAAAGGAAUUCAACAUUCACUAGUUCUUCCAUCCAUGAUUAUAUGAUUAAAGGAUUGUGUAGGCAUGGUAUGACAAAAGCUGCUAUCAAAGUGUUUGAAGACCUUGUUGAGAAAAGUGUAUUUCCUGAUGCAACUACUUGUAGGAUGCUAAUUCAAACUAUAUUUAGUGAAGGUAAUGGUGAUAGUUUGUGGAGGUUUGUUCACAGAGUGGAGAACAUAGACCCUGAGCUUCUCUCUUUAAUAUGUAAUGAUGUUGUCCUUUUUUUGUGCAAGAAGGGGCAUUUUCCAAUUGCAUUGAAUGUGUAUAUGCUCUUGAGAAUGAAAUACUUGCCGGUCAAGAGCAAAUCAUAUGACGUGCUUCUGGAAGGUCUUUCACGAAUUGGAGAUGAACACACAGCUGAAAUAAUAAUGGGUGAAUUCAUCAAACAAUAUGGAACCUUUGCAUCUGAUAGGUCAAGUGCAAUCUUCCUUUACCUUUGCAAGAAAAGUGUAGACAAAGCUAUUCAUUUUUUGAAGUUUAAGAGCAGAAGGAUCCUUGCCACAACAAUUGAAUCCCUUAAGAAGAAGGGUAGAAUUGAAGAUGCCUACAAGUUUUUAUUGCAAUCUGAAGAAAAUGGUGUGUCGUUGGAUUUAUUUGUUUACUCCAUCGUGGUGGAUGGACUUUGCAAGUCGGGUUAUCUUGAAAAAGCUCUAGACCUAUGUGCAACCAUGAAAAAGAAAGGAGUACAUCCAAAUAUAGUCAUCUACAAUUCUGUGAUCAAUGGGCUAUGUCAACAGGGAUGUCUAACUGAAGCAUUUAGGGUUUUUGAUUCUUUGGAAAAACUUAUAAUUCCUCCUACAAUUGUUACUUAUUCUACUCUUAUAGGUGCUCUGUCUAGACAAGGUUUUCUGGAUGAUGCAAGCAAACUAUUAAAGAGGAUGAUCAACAAGGGUGUUAUUCCUAAUACAUAUGUUUACAACAAGCUAAUAAAUGGCUAUUGCAGCUUUGGAUUAGUUGAUAAAGCCAUGGAACUUCUCUCAGAUCUAGAAAAGAGUUGUUUGAAUCCUGACGCUUUUACAAUUGCUUCUAUUAUGAGUGGAUAUUGUCAACAAGGGGAUGUUGAAAGUUGUCUAAGCUUCUUUAUUCAGUGCAAGAGUAGAGGGCAUUUUCCAGAUUUCUUGGGCUUCAUGAGCCUCAUAAAAGGGUUCUUUGCCAAGGGAAGGCAGGAAGAAGCAAGAGGCAUGUUGCGGGAAAUGUUGAAGUCUGAAGAAAUUACAAAGCUGAUAAAUGCUGCUGGAAAUGAACUCCAUCUAGAGUCCUUGCAGAAUCUUCUAUCAGUUGCAUGUGAGCAAGGAAAAAUUGAGGAAGUCAUACCUAUUCUAAAUGAAAUUUCUUGUAUGUUUUUUUCUUCAACAAGGUUUAACGGCCACAGAAUGUUUACAAAACUGAAUAAGCUGCAUGAUUCUGAUAUGUUAGACAUGAAAGCUGAAAAGACAGAGGGGACACAUAUUCAUCACCCAGAAAGUAAUAGGGAGUCAAGGCCAGAACAUGAACUUAGUUUGAAAUUCAACAUAGACAAAGACAAGGAAGCUCAUGAAUAUCAGAUAGUAAAACCACAGGGAUACGACUUUGCUACCUACUAUUCUACGAUUUCAUCCUUAUGUCGCAGAGGGGACCUGCAGAAGGCUAACAUUGCAAUCAGAGCAAUGCUUCAAGAUAAAAAAAAGUCCUCAGUCAGCCACUUGGGACUCUUUGAUUAGUCAGGACCUUUCUGUAGGUUUUGGUCUGCUAAUGGACAAGUGAUAAGGGAAGCUGAGACUAUUUUUGUUUACUGUUUUCAUUCAGCUCCUUGCAACACUUUGUUGGGUAAUAAUUUCUGCAAGGGAUUAAAUUUUGUGCAGUGAGUCAAACCUAAUGUGAAGUAAAAACUUUACCUGGUAUGGGGUCUAUAUUUCAACGUAAAGAAUCCAGCUGUAGUCUCUCCAAUAUCUCCUAUGACAUUCCUGGAUCUGUUUGAAAGUGGAAACUUAGCCUUGUUCCAGAGUUGGCACGGACCAAAAACCCUGUAGCUUGUAGAUCAUAAAACAUGCACAAAAUCCUGAUGCUUUUUGACGCCAGCUGACUUUACCUUGGUGACCUGAUCUCUGAUGCUUCCAGUGUUUGUCAAGAAUUAAUGGUCUGAGGUUCCUUGUAAUAUCCAUGGGGCUGUGCUAAUUAAACAGAGUCCAUCAAUCCUCAAAAGCACACUGUUACGGUGCGCCACUCAGUCAGCUCGAGGACAUCAAUUAGUUCACAAUUCAUAGUAUAUCCUCUUCAUUUAGAUGUCAGCUAAAGUUUUACAAUAGUUUUUGCUGUUGGUUCAACUGCUAACAGUCCGAGCCAUUAUUUUUCUCUUAUUCAUCCUCCCUUUCUAUAAUCUUUAAACCUUAAAAGUGGAAGGCAGUUGACUUUUGUCUGGUGGAAAUGACCUAGGGAACACGCACAUUGGUGCUAGAACAACAAGGAUAAAUUGUGAAUUUCAGCUAUUUUGAGCUAGCCUAGUGGCUAUACAAGAAAGGAAUAGAUGAAAAAUUGGGAAGCCACUUUAGGACAUAAUCCUGAAGCUUUUUUCAAGAGUGGUUAUGCUCUAGGUAGAUAUGGAAGUUAAUGGAGUGCCUUUGAAGGCUUUUGUUGAUAGUGGAGCACAAUCUACAAUAUUUUCUAAAAGUUAUGUGACAAAUGUGGGUAUGAUGACCAGUCUAAGCCUCCCAGUCAAUGUAGCAGCAAUUGGACCUUCUAUGCUAGCUGCCAUAUAGGAAUGACAGAUGGAUUGCUCUAUGAUGCAAUUUGGGGAAAGCAAAAGAGAAGAUGCUUGUUCGUAUAUUAGGAGGCUCUAUUGAAACUCCUUAUCAGCAUUACAGAGGUGUUGCUAUUGCAGUUGGCCAGUCAGAGAUAUUAGGCUUAAUGCAUGUUGCACCAAUUAAG